AAAGUUAUCUGAUCCUGCUUUGUAGUAGAUUCCUCUGGUGAGAGACUGCCAGGUUGUUUAUGUUGGCUGCUGAAUGCAGGUGUAGCUAAGUGGGUCAUGGGGAGACUGUGUUGUAGGAGCUACUCUAAGGAUCCAUUCUUCCAGAGCCUCUGUGAGGGGCUUACAGGUUUUUUGGUUGUUUUUAUUGAAUCGUCUCACUGACUCUACACUGCAAACAUCCUGCCUCGUUUGAACCAAGGGACCCAUGUCAACAUCGCAGCACGUCUUAGUUCCACCUACCGGCUCUCUGUUAACCACUAACCAUUAACUGUCCUCGUUUCCGGCCCCCGGUGAGUUCGAUUGGGGCGACCGUGGACCAUGUGAGCAUUCAAACCAAUUAUUUAUCCUGGCAGCAGUUUAUGGCCUGGCUCAUCUUCUGGAGAGGGAUUUCUGUAAAUGGGAUCAGACUGCUUACAGGGGAUUAUCAUGACGCACCUCCCCUCUGCCUGGAAUCUGGAGGAUCUUCCUCAACCCUCCUCCAGCCAGGGAAAGGGACAUCACAAUUAGCCUCACCUGUUGAUUUUGACAUUUUUGGAGGGAAAGUUUGGGACAGAGGCAAGGGGAAAAAGUGUGACCCUGUGUUCUGUCAUCCGUCUGGGUGAGUUUGGUGAGUUUUCUUUUUAGGGUCCUGCCAUUAUGGGAGAGGAAAGGGCCCUGGAGUAAUAAAAUAACUCCUCUUUCCUUACCUCUCGUUCUCUCUGGGAUGGAUUACAGAUCAUUGGCUGAGCUGACACUCCUGCCCUGCUGAAACUCUGACUGCCUGGGACAUCCAAAAGAAGGACCAGACCUUCAGACAWUAGAGCUAUAUCUCAUCUCAGUAGUGUAUUUUCCUUUUAGGAAUCUCCCUAAAUUGCCACCAUGGCACUAAUGAAGGUCAAGUUUGACCUGAAGAAGCGGGUGAAACUGGCCCAGUUUGUAUGGCUGAUGUACUGGUUCUCAGUGAUGGCAGGCGUGCUGGUCUUCAGCAUGGGGCUGUUCUUUAAGAUCGAGCUGCGUAAGCGCUCAGAGAUGAUGGACAACAACGAGAGCCACUUCGUUCCUAACCUACUAAUCGGYGUGGGGCUGCUGGCCUGUGGGAUCAACGCCAUGGGAGGCAAGAUCUGCUACGACUCCUUGGACCCUAUCAAGUUCUCCAGGUGGAAGCCUAUGCUCAAACCCUUCCUAGUCUCCUGUAUGGCUUUCAAUUGUCUCCUGGUGCUGACGGCUCUGCUCUGCUUCCUAAUGAGGAUCCCUCUCCAGUUCACGCUGGCCGAGGGCCUGAAGAACGCCCUGAAGUUCUACAAGGACACAGACACGCCGGGACGCUGCUACAUGAAGAGAACCCUGGACCAGAUGCAGAUGGAGUUCCGUUGCUGCGGCAACAACAACUUCAGGGACUGGUUCGAGAUCCAGUGGGUCAGCAAUCGCUACCUGGACUUCAGUGCCAAGGAAGUAAAAGAUCGUAUCGGCAGCAACGUGGAUGGGAAGUACCUGAUGGAUGCUGUUCCAUUCAGCUGCUGUAACCCYGGCUCCCCGCGGCCCUGCAUCCAGUACCAGGUGACCAACAACACGGCCCACUACUCCUACGACCACCACACCGAGGACCUGAACAUCUGGAAACGGGGCUGCCGCGACGCUCUGAUUUCCUACUACGGAGGCAUGAUGAACAGCAUAGGAGCCCUGGUGCUGCUGGUCACUAUUCUGGAGGUUAUUGUGAUGAUCGGCCUCCAGUACGUGAAUACCUCCCUGUCUAACCUGGCCAACCCAGAGGACCCAGAGUGUGAGAGCGAAGGCUGGAUCCUGGAGAAGACAGUGAAGGAGACGUUUACUGACAUCAUGGACAAGAUGAAAGCCAUGAGUAAAGGCAAUGCAGUGGACGAGGCCGAAGUGGAUGGUGUCGCCACGGGGAGCUGAACAAGACACGUUGACACAAACUGAGACCACUCCCACCGAAGGGAAGAAAGGCAGAUUGAACACCUCCUUUGCAUUUAUUACACAAAAUACACACAUAAUACACACAUACAUGCCCGACACACACAAUUCUGUCCAUCUGAAGGGAAAACUGAAAUGGACACAAAUGGACUCUUGAGUACAUGUCAGCACUUACGAUAUUUUGAAUGUACGAAUACAUGAAUGUAUGUAUAAGUUACAUUAGAACCAAUUUCCAAUAUGCCCUCCCCCACUCCAAUACACACAGACUCACACACAAUACACGACUUUUCUUAACACUCAAUACCUUUUACACACACAC